ACCGGGCGGUACGGGUCGGUACUGCAAACCUUGGUUUCUGGUGCAUCAAAACUUUUUUUUCUCGAUAUUGGCACAAUUUUUUAUAGUUAUCUGCACCACAUUUUGACAGUAGAAGUGAUGUUAAACUUAUACUAUCAUCAGAACUAGUUACUUCUAAGUUGUUAGCAUUGUUAGGCUUAUACCAUCAUAAGAUGUUAAACUUAUAAAUUGUUGCCACAAUUUGGUUCAGAACCUGCGAUUUAACUUUUCUUUUAUUGUUAGGCUCUCUUGCAUUCAGUUCCAAUUGGGCGGAUGGUAGUUCUUGAUCUAUUCGCUGAAGUAAAACCAAUAUGGAUUACAUCAAAACAGUUUUACGGUGUUCCAUACAUCUGGAAAGUUCUCUGUUUCUCAAAAUGUGCAUGCUACACAAUUUUGCUGGAAAUAUUGAGAUGUAUGGUAUUCUCGAUGCAAUUGCACUUGGACCUAUUGAAGCUCGUACAAGUGAAAAUUCAACCAUGGUUGGCGUUGGAAUGUCUAUGGAAGGCAUCGAGCAAAAUCCUGUUGUUUAUGAUCUGAUGUCUGAAAUGGCAUUUCAUCAUAAACCAGUAGAUGUCAAGAUCUGGGUUGACUUAUAUGCAACAAGGAGAUAUGGAAGGUUUGUUCCAGCACUACAAGAUGCCUGGCAGAUACUAUAUCAUACUCUAUAUAAUUGCACAGAUGGUGCCUAUGUGAGUUUAAUCUUUGUUUUCUCUAUUAUAGGCUAAUUUAUGACUCAUAGUGGAUCCUCAUUAUCCACAUAUAAACUUCAUAUUCAUCUAAAGGUUUUCAUAGUCGAAUCUUCUUGCUUGAAAUGUGGUGCAUUGUGGCUUUAGAAAACUAACCAUUCUGAGUGUUCACCAAAAAUAGGGUUUAGUUAAGUCUUCAUGACCAAAGUUGACGGCUUUGGGAGGGAUAUAAUUGUUCAUAGGAGGUUACAAUCUAGGAUUGCAAAAAGAGAGUUCAAAUACAAAUAAUUCUUCUUCCAUAAUUUUGUCAAUUGCCAAUAGAAGUCACAGUCUAUGAAUGCCAAAGAUCAUUUGUAUGCAUGCAACCAAGAAAGUAAAUGUCCAUAAGGACUCCAUAUUUCUUUUACUUUCUUUAAAAUUAGGAUCAGGAAAAGCAAAUAUAAUUGUCUUCUUUUGAUAAUAAGAAACUUGACAGUUGACACAAUAACACCAAAUAAGUCAAAAGACGAAGAUAUUGUGAAAGCUUGCCACCAUUGGUGGUGAUCACAUUGAAGUGAUCAAGAACCAUAAAGGUACCAGUAAGAAAAAACUUUUAAUAUUUGAUCACUUGAAUUAAUCAUUACUCUGUCAAUUGGUUCAAUAAUAGCACAAUUAGAUAUUACCCUAUAUUGACUUUUUAGUUCAAAAGAUCAUGAUGUUUUAAGCUGCUUUAGUUGCAGCAUCACUACUGGUAACUUCAAUGUUUUCUAUCCUUAUUGGGUUUGGUAUUCAGAGAAACACUUGGAUUUUAGUAAAAAAGGAGAUCUACACUCUUCCUCUCUUACAACAGCAGAAAGAGUGCUGCAACUUAAGUCCGAGGAAUCAAAGAGAUUUUACCAUUGAUGUUGAUAAUACAUCAAUGAUGGUACUUACAAACCUGGCUUUAGAUUAAUUACUUUCUAGAUAAAGGUUGAUAAGGAAAUUAUAACGAAAACUAUUUUCAUUUGGAAAGCAAAUAUCAAAGGCAUGAAAAAAAAAGAACCAGCUUUUGGAUGUUUUAUAUAAUUAUGCGAAGGUUAUUCAGUUUUUGAGGCAAUGGUAGCUUUCAUUUACGAAAUUAUUUCUUGAUUUGUACAAAACCUAGUACUCUAGAAUUUUCUUAUUGAAGAACAAAAUAAAAGAAACAUAAAAUCCUAUUUUCCUAAUCGUAGUUGUCUCAUUUGAUAAUCUUUGAAUUACUUCUACUCAAGGAUCACCGUUUGGGUACUGGACCCAUUUUGGUAAUAUGCUCAGACUAGUACAUAUCAAUCAGUACUGGUGUACUGUGUGUAUCGGUGUUCUGAAGAAGAAAAAGGAGAAGAAGGGGUGGUAGAGGAAGAGGAGGGAGGAGGAAGGAGGUAGGAGGAAAGAAGAAGAGGAGAUGGUGAAGAGGAGGAAGAGGAAGAGGAAAAUGGGCAUUCCUAUGAGAAGCAAUUAGGCCAAAGGUGGUGUUUGGUGGUGGUAUACAGUGAGGCCAUGGUGUGCCUGAGAAGUGGAGGUCACAUUGAGAAGCAAAGGUUGCGCUGUGCAUGAGAAACAAUUAGGGUAGUUUCCUUAUAUAUGGAUGAACUGAAUCGCCGUAAACAGGGGCGGUCUGCAUACCACAUACCAGUUGAUGUCUGAACCAGUAUGUACUGCCUGUUUCGUAUCAGUCUAAGUGAAACACGUCAUUUGCUUCUACAUCUUUUCAUUUGUUUUCUUAUUCUCUUUAUUAUCAUUUUACUUUUCUUCCUUAUCUUCUUUGU